AUGGCCGCCGCCGACGCCGGCAAAGCCGCUCACACGGCGCCGCACGCGCUCCUGCUCCCCUACCCGGCGCAGGGCCACGUGAUCCCGUUCAUGGAGCUGGCCGACCGCCUCAUCGACCGCGGCUUCGCCGUCACUUUCGUUAACACCGAGUUCAACCACCGCCGCGUCGUGGCCGCCGCCGCAGCAGCAGCCGGAGCGCCCGGAUCCGCCUUCGCCGGCGGCCGGCUGCGGCUCGUGGCGGUCGCGGACGGGAUGGACGAUGGCGAGGACCACGACGACUUCGUCCGCCUCAACGCCUGCAUGCAGGAGGCCAUCCCGCCGCAACUGGAUGCGCUCCUCGAUGCCUCCGACGGAGGCCUGGGCAAGGUGACGUGCGUCGUGGUCGACGUCUUGAUGGCGUGGGCACUGGACGCGGCGAAUCGGCGUGGGCUCUCGUCCGCCGCCCUCUGGGCCGCGUCGGCGGCGGUGCUCGCCGUGCUGAUCGGCGCCAAGGACCUCAUACGCGAUGGCGUCAUCGAUGACGACGGUGAGAGUUGA